AUGAGCUCCCCUUCUAUCUCCGGCAUCUAUGUGAGCCGCAGGGUGGCCCUCCUGCUGGCCGGGCUGACGGCCGCGCUCUUGAUGGUGCUGGUGGCUCUGGCUGCCCUGUAUGGCAACUGCGCGCGCGUCCAGCCUUCAGAGCAGCAUAGCCCGGGGGUGAAGGGCACCGCGUUAUCCCUUCCUGGCGGACAGGAGCAGGGGCCACCAACCCGGACACCAGAGACUGCACCUGAGCCAGCGUUGGCCACCACCUCGCAAGACUGGCGCCCCCCGUCGGGGCCCUGGGACCAUCUGCGCCUGCCGCCCUGGCUUGUCCCGCUUCACUAUGAUCUGGAGCUGUGGCCCCGGCUACGGCCGGAUGACCUGUCCACGCCGAGUUUGACCUUCACGGGUCGCGUGAACAUCACUGUACGCUGCACAGUGGCUACCUCGAGAUUACUGCUGCACAGCUUCUUUCUGAAUUACAAGCAAGUGGAAGUCUGGGGUCCCCUGGCCCUGGACACUAGGAACGCCACUGUAGGCCGUGUGCCAGUGGACAAUGUGUGGUUCGCGCUGGACAUGCACUACAUGGUGCUGGAUCUGGGCCAGGCCUUGCAUCCAGGUAGCAGAUAUGAGCUGAACCUCGGCUUCUCUGGCCAAGUGCUUCAGGACACCUCAGAGGGGCUCUUCCUGAACUUCUACACCGACCAGGGUGAGCACAGAGCCCUGAUUGCAUCCCAAAUGGAACCAACAUUUGCCAGGAACGUUUUCCCCUGUUUUGAUGAGCCAGCUCUGAAGGCAACUUUUAAUAUUACAAUUAUUCACCAUCCUGGGUAUGUGGCUCUUUCCAAUAUGCCCCAGCUAGGUCAGUCUGAAAGAAUCGAUGUGAAUGGGAGCAGAUGGACGGUCACCACCUUCCAUACCACACCCCGCAUGCCAACGUACCUGGUCGCACUUGCUAUAUGUGAUUUUGACCAUGUCAGCAGAACUGAGAGAGGCAAGGAGAUACGUGUCUGGGCCCGGAAAGAUGACAUUGCAGAUGGAAAUGUAGACUUUGCUGUGAACAUCACAGGUCCCAUCUUUUCGUUUCUGGAGGAUUUGUUUAAUAUCAGUUAUCCACUUCCAAAAACAGAUAUAAUUGCCUUGCCUAAUUUUGACAAUCGUGCAAUGGAAAAUUGGGGACUGUUGAUAUUUGACGAAGUAUCCUUGUUGCUGGAACCAGAUGAUGAACUGACCGAGAAAAGGGCUAUGAUCUUGGCCGUCAUCUCCCACGAGGUUGGGCACCAGUGGUUCGGGAACCUGGUGACCAUGAGUUGGUGGAGCAAUAUCUGGCUCAACGAGGGCUUUGCAUCUUAUUUCGAACUUGGAAUAAUUAGCUACUUCUAUCCUAAGCUUCCGAGGAAUGAGAUCUUUUUUUUUAACGUUUUACAUGGUGUCCUUAGAGAAGAUCAUGCCCUGGAGUCUAGAGCUGUGUCCACUGAGGUGGAAAAUUUCACAGAAACAAGUGAAAUAAAUGAACUCUUUGACAUAUAUACUUACAACAAGGGAGCAUGUAUGGCCCGGAUGCUUGAUGGUUUCCUGAACCAGCAUGUGUUUAUCAACGCACUUAAGUCGUAUUUGGAGACUUUUUCUUACUCAAAUGCUGAGCAAGAUGAUCUGUGGAGACAUUUUCAGAUGGCCAUAGAUGAGCAGAAUAUAACCCAUUUGCCAACAACCGUGAAAAGCAUAAUGGACAGCUGGACAUACCAAGGUGGUUUUCCAGUCGUCACGUUAAACGUGUCUACAGGUGUCAUGAAACAAGAGCCAUUUUAUCUCGAAAAGGCUGAAAAUCGAACUCUUGCAAACCACAAUAACACAUGGAUUGUCCCUAUUUUUUGGAUGAAAAAUGGAACCACACAACCUUUAGUCUGGCUAGACAAGAGCAGCAUGGUAUUCCCUGAGAUGCAACUUUCAGACUCUGACAGUGACUGGGUGAUUUUAAACUUCAACGUGACUGGAUAUUACAGAGUUAAUUAUGAUGAGUUAGGUUGGAAGAAAUUAAAUCAACAGCUUGAAAAAGAUCCUAAGGCCAUUCCUGUCAUUCACAGGUUGCAGCUGGUGAGCGAUGCCUUUGCCUUGUCUAAAAACAAUUAUAUUGAAAUUGAGACAGCACUUGAUUUAACCAAGUACCUUGCUGAAGAAGAUGAAAUCCUAGUGUGGUUUGAAGUCUUGGUAAACUUGAUAAACAGGAAUGUUAUUUCUGAUGUGAACAACUAUGCUAUAUACCCAUUAUUGAAGAAGUAUUUACUAAAGAGACUUAACUCAAUAUGGAAUACUUAUUCAGCUAUAAUUCGAGAAAAUGUGGCCACAUUACAAGACAAUUAUUUAGCUCUGCUGUCACUGGAAAAAUUUGUUGAAACUGCCUGUUGGUUGGGUCUUGAAGACUGUCUCCAGCUGUCCAAAGAGCUUUUCAGAAAAUGGAUGGCCAAUCCAGAGACUGCAAUACCUUAUCCGAUUCAAAGAGUCGUUUUAUGCAAUGGCAUUGCUUUGGGAAGUGAUAAGGAGUGGGACUUUCUGUUAAGUUUCUACAUCAAUACAACUGAGGAAGAGGAAGGGAUCCAUCUUCUUCAGGCAUUGAGCUGCAGUAAAGAACCAUGGCUACUCAACAGAUUUAUGGAGUAUGCCAUCACUGUGUCUCCGUCCCCUUUUAAUGACACAAAUAUAAUAGAAGUUGUGGCAGCAUCUGAAGUUGGCCGGUACGUGGCAAAGGACUUUCUAAUCAACAAUUGGCUGGCUGUGAGUCAGAGGUAUGGACCCGAGUCACUAGAUGGUUUAGUGUGGGUCCUAGGGAGGACUGUAAGCACAGAUCUUCAGGUUAUGGAGCUGCAGUGGUUCCUGGGAAAUGUGUUGGAGGAGCACCAGAGGAUUGCGGCUCAUGCCAAAUUACAGGCAAUGAAGACGGAGAAUCUGAAAAACAAGAAGAGGAUUGCCAGGAUGGCUGAGUGGCUUCGGAAAAACACAUAAUCUGUGGCCACUUGUGGCAUGCUUCCUGCGUUUUAUAAUCGUGUUUGCUCACAGUUCUGUCUUCCAUAUUUAGUGACUCUGGAAAGCUGCAUGACUUCUUUUAUUUUGGUUAUGUGUUUUUUCUACUUAGUCAUGGCCUUCCUGUUUUCACACCUUACCGCAAGGAUCAGUGAUUGCUGAGGAUUUUGUCAACACUGCCAUGUAUCUGGGCAAACCUUCACUUCCCAUUGAGCAAUAAAGUCACCAAAUUUAAGUGCCUUGCAAAAACAAAAAACAAA